AUGAAGAAGCAACUCGAUGCGAGGACAAAUAGUCCCAUCAGUGUUCUUAUUAUUGAGUUGCUUAAAAAAAAAGCUGUAUUUCUCCUUGGUUUUCUAAUAUUAGUAGUUGUUUUAUUUAUUAAAAAUUAUUCAAUCAAGGAAUUAGAAACGGUUUAUCCUAUUUCGCCCACAGAUCCUCCCGAAACUCCUACUUUAUCAAUGGAUCCUUCCGAAACUCCUAUUUUGUCAACGGAUCCUGCCGAAACUCCUAUUCUGUCAACGGCUCCUCCCCAUGAUGAAAUUUCACCAUUACCACCACACAACCAGGAGUUGCCAACUGUUAUUGCCACAAUCGAACAUUCACCGAGCAUCAAAUUUUUAAUGGUUCAACAGGGAUUUGUGGAGAAAGAACCAGAAAUCAAUGCUAUAUUCUUGUUCAUAUUGAAAAAUAACAAAUGUCGAGAAAAUAAUGUUAUUUUGGACGUUGGUAUGAAUGCAGGCUAUUAUUCUUUAUUGGUUUCUGCAUUUAACUGUAAUGUAAUCAGUUUUGAUCCACAAGCUAGAUGCCAUGAACUUUAUAAUUUAUCAAGAUUAAUAAACAAAUUUACUAAUCAAUGGAAAUCAUAUGAAAAUGCUGUUUGGUUUGAACGAAGAAAACUCAGAAUAAGCAACGAUUUAUGUGAUGUUGGAUACAUGUCCGUGGACGCGUCUCGGAGGACGAAGAAUCAGACAACUCAACAAGUCAAAGAUAAAACAGUUCAGUCGGUAUCAAUUGAUUCAUUAGCUCAAAUUCGAUCGUAUAAGAAAAUAUUAAUAUUUAAAAUCGAUACAGAGGGUGCUGAGAUAGGAGUAUUAUUAAGUUCUCAGAAAUUGUUAGCACGAAAACGUGUGGAACAUUUUAUUAUUGAAAUAAUAAACCAUGACUGGGAAAAACUAGGUGUGAAGGAUGAACGAAUUGGAUUAAACAUCUUUUACAACUUGCAGAAAGAUUAUAUAGCAAUAUUACUGAAUAACGAAGAAUAUUCUGCAGAAAUAUUAGGAUGGCCAGUCGACGAUGGUGAAGAAUUUCUUGACAUCGUUGGCUCAAGAUUUAUUAUACCAGAAGGUGAAAAUGGUUUUCCAAUAUUAUUAGAGAAUAGAAAACAUAAACAAAGAGGUUGUAACGUUUGGUUCAGAAAGAAAAAACAACUUUUAUAA